CCCUAACAAACCCAGUGAACCCCACCACAUAAAAAGAUUGCAACUCUCACUUUGAUUUCAACAAAAGAAAAAAGAAACGACUUCGUUUUGGAACUUUAACCCAAUGGAGAAUCGGACCCGGGUUCGGUGCCCGGAGAACCAGGAGCUAGUGUCUUACAUGUGGAACAAGUGGAAGGAAAUGGCGCAGCAACCAAAAGGGAUUUCUGAUAACAUCGAAAUGACCCUUUCUAAGGCACAUUUCAAUGUCUGUAACUCUACAAACCCAAUUCGAACCAUCAAAGAUUUCUCUCGCGUUAAGGGUGUGGGGAAAAUGAUUUUGAGGCUCAUGCAGGGUUUUUUUGGAACCGGUUCUGGGGAUUCUGAACCAGAAGAAGACUUGACCAAAAAGGGUAUGACUGGAAAGAAAUCUAAAGUAACCAAGCGCUAUAUGCCUCAGAGGAACUCUGUGGCAUAUGCAUUAUUGAUAACCCUUUACAGGGGAACUUCAAAUGGGAAUGAAUUUAUGCGUAAACAGGAACUUAUUGAUGCUGCUGAAGCUAGUGGGCUAUCUCGAGCGCCAAUUGCACCAGAAAAAGGCAAAGGAAAACCUGGACAUUUUGGAAGUUCUCCACAGGAUUGGUAUAGUGGAUGGAGCUGCAUGAAGACAUUGAUAGCUAAGGGAUUAGUUGUUAAAUCAAGUUGUCCAGCAAAGUACAUGCUAACUCAAGAAGGUAAGGAAGCUGCAUGUGACUGUCUCACAAGAUCUGGAAUGGCCGAAUAUCCAGAGAAGUCGGCUUCUGUUGAAAUUCCUUUGUAUACGGACAAACAAAACUCAUUAGAUAUGGAACUCAAUGGUCAUGAGUUCGAAUCAGAAGUGAUGUCGCCAUUAACCCAGCAAAAGAAGCCAGUGGAUAUUCCUCUUGAUUCCCUUGAGAGGUUUACACACAUGGGUUACUCCAAGGAACAAAUUGUUAAUGCAUUUACUGAAGUUUCCAGAAGCCAUCCAAAUAAAGAUGUCUCAUCUCUGUGGCUGGCUGUUUUAUGCCAUCUUCGAGAGGAGCAAGUCUAUGGUUCACAGCCAGAAUCUCAAAUUAUUACAAAUGAUUGCCACAUGACAAGUGCUAAUACUGUUGUAAAUGGUUGCAAAGACUUCAUUGGAAAUGAGAGCAGAACUGUGAGUUCAUCCUGCGGUGGGCAUUUGCCAAACUUCUGUUCUCCUGAUAUUCCACAUUUUCUUUUGAGAGCUUGCUCAUCAAGUGACCAGCCCAUGCAAAAGCCAAACAAGGAUAAGCUUGAAUCAACGAUGACCAUUUUAAGUGUGCCACCGUUGAGCUUGGGGGAGAGAUUUGAGGAUGCUUACGAAGUAAUUUUAAUAUUGGAUGAUCGGGAGCAUUUUGCCACUCAGGGCUCACGAUCCAGGAAGAUUAUUGACAAUAUCUGCAGCCAAUUCAAAAUCCAUAUAGAGGUUCGGCGAUUGCCAGUUGGAGAUGGGAUUUGGAUUGCACGCCAUAAAACUCUUGACAGUGAAUAUGUAUUGGAUUUUAUUGUUGAGAGGAAGAAAAUUGGUGAUUUAUGCAGUUCAAUCAGGGAUAACCGCUAUAAGGAUCAGAAAUUAAGACUUCUGAGAUGUGGGCUGAAGAAGCUGAUAUAUCUUGUGGAAGGUGACGCAAAUUCUUCUGAAGCUGCUGAAAGCAUAAAAACUGCCUGUUUUACAACAGAGAUUCUGGAGGGAUUUGAUGUGCAGAGAACAAGUGGCUUGGGUGAUACCCUAAGAAAGUAUGGUUAUCUUACCCAAGCAAUUUCUCAAUAUUACAAGUCAGGAAAUUUUGAUGACAAUGUCAAAUAUCCCAUAUGUCCUCCUUACGAUGAAUUUAUUAGAAGGUGUCAAGACCUUGAAAAAAUGACAGUUAGUGAUGUAUUUGCCAUCCAGCUUAUGCAGGUCCCACAGGUUACAGAGGAGGUUGCCAUGGCUGUGUUGGAUUUGCACCCCACACUUUUGUCUCUCGCGCAUGCCUACUCGGUACUUGAUGGUGAUGCUCGAGCCCAGGAGGAGAUGCUUCGAAGACAGAGUAACAAUGUGAUCAAUACAGUUGCCAGUAGGAACAUUUUCCAGUUGGUUUGGGGUAGCUGAGGUGCAUUUCCCUUCCCCUGUCAAAGUUGGGUUUUUGGAUGUGAAUCUACUAAGGAAAGGUGAAAACCAUCGAUUCGGUUGGUGUUGUCAUCAUGUGGCCCCGCAAAGGUCACAGGCUCUAUUUGUGUAAUCAACCACUGUGAAAUGUAAGGUAAGACUGCCUAUUGGCUUUUGACCCAAGAUGCACAA